UCAGAAGAUGGUUUUAUUUCAUUAUCACCCUACCUGUACCUCUCAGUAUUGAUAUUACCUUUUCUAGAGUGAGUUAUUUCCUGUUGACGAGGUUUUAGGAAAUAGCUACGACAAAAGAUCAUUUGGAAAUAUUUACUAGGAGGAAAUCUUACUUGUUCUUAUUCAUAGUGUUAAUCGAUUGUUAGUAUAAAAAUAAAGUGAAAUUAACUAGUCAUGGCAACUAAAGUAGACCUCCCAAGUGCUGACCCUAAAUUGUUAGGAGCUAUUUCCAAGGCCUCAACAGAAUCAAUGCACCAUGUGAAGACUGACGAGAAAAAUCCACUGCCUAGUAAAGAAGAUUUACAGCAGGUGAAGGAUCAUGAGAAUUUUAUACAUAACCUGGAGGAAUUUGAUCCGACAAAUCUCCACCACACUUCUACUAAAGAGCGUAAAAUACUGCCAGAUACUAACAUGCUAGCAGAAGAAAGAUUGAGAUAUGAUCACCUGAGCAGUAUUAGCAGCUUUACUAAAAUUGAGCUCAACCCUAUACAGCUUCAUGAAAAGAUAAUAUUACCAGGCCCACAGAUGAUUGCUCAGGAGAAAACAGAACAAGAGUUAAUGUCUGGUAUUGAAGGAUUUGAUGCUGGUAAAUUGAAACACACCGAAACACAAGAAAAGAACCCAUUACCAGAUCCUUCAGCAAUUGAUGCAGAAAAAGCUGAAAGGUAUCGUAAAAAGUCUAUAGAAGAUUUUAAUAAAAAGAAAUUGAAACGAGCAAAUACAGAAGAAAAAAAUACUCUACCUGAUAAAGACGCAAUUGAGCAAGAAAAAAGAGAAUGUGAAAUGAGACACUCAAUUGGUGAUUUUAAUAAAUCAAAAUUAAGACAUUCACAAACUGAAGUGAAGAAUCCCUUACCGAGUACUGAAGCAAUAAAUUUGGAGAAACAAGAGGUUGAGAAGAUACAGGCGAUUGAGGGUUUUAAGAAGGAUUCUUUGAAACAUACAGAACCAACAGUGAAAAAUGUAUUACCAGACCAAAACACAUUGGAAGCAGAGAAAAAAGAACAAGAAUUGAAGGAUGCUGUGACCAAAUUUAACCGCAACAGUCUGAAGAAGACGACAACAGAGGAAAAGAAUGCAUUACCAUCAUCUCAAGAUAUUGCAGAAGAGAAAGCAGCAAAGUGAUGUGUUCAUGUGUACAGAAUUCAAAUAAUUAUUGAAUGUAAAUAAGGACGCUUGGUUCAUAACCAUAAAACUACACUCUGUAAGCUUCGCUGGAUUGGCUAAGAUUUGUCGCUAGAGUUAAUUGCCAGUGUAAUCACAUAUAAAGGAUUUACCUACAUUGAAGAUGUAUGUAAAGGAUGUAAACACCAUUCAAUGGAGGAAUUGCAUUGAAAUUACUUUUGGAAUUGUUAUUUUAAGCUACAGAUUUUAUUACUUCAAAAUAUUAACAAGUUAUUGAAAUAAUAAACACUGGUAAUGUAUAAAAAAAAAAUUCAUAAAGAUUUUUCAGGAAUUUUAUCAGAAACAUUAAAUGUUUAAGAGAAAUGGAAUUACAUAAGAAAGGGGAAAUAACCCAGUGAAGUUUUCAACCAAGACGAGUGUUUCUUGUAUAUAGUGCAAUAUACAUGUAAUAUGUUAACUUAUAACCAAGGUCUUUUUCUGAAACAGUUUCAAAUGAAAAAGUUCUUUUCACAGUUAUUCAAGUUUAAUAUUUCUUAAUUUUUAUAUAAAAGUGUGCUGAAGAUAACAUACAAUUCCUAGCAGGUGUCAAUGUAACAGAAUAGAAAGAAAAAAUGCUUUUGUCUAAAAAAAAAAUUAAUAACAGAUUUCAUCUUCACAUUUUGAAGUAAAUACCUGACCAUUUAUAAAAUUGCAUUAUUUUUAACUUGUAUUCCUACAAACAAUUUUUUGAAGAUUAUAAAUUUUGAAUUUGUUACAUGAUCUUUUUGUGCACACAAUUUUUUAAAAGCACUUAGUCUAUGAAGAAAUAAACAUUUAGAUUAGGAAAAUGCUGAUUGUAAAUUUAGAAAUUUUUGUUAAUUAAUUUUACAUCUUUUUCUAAGUCAAGAAUAAAUCUAUGUACCAGAAACAAAGGAAUUGUAUGUUUUCUUGUGUAAAAGUCAUUAUUUUAUAAAAUUCCAAAUGCCAAAAUAUAUUAUUAAGCAUUUUCUGACCAUCUCAGGUUUUUGAUAGGUGAGCAAUAAUUUCAAAUCUUUAUUUUUUGUACAAAUAUGAUAUUACCUAUUCACUGCUGAUCAAUGAUUUGUUGAAAUUUGUCUUAAGGUUAAUUCAACAUUAAAAUUGAAUUAUUUUGAUAAUAAUGUUAUGUUUCAUCAAGGUUUAAUGUCGCUGCAUGAAAGAAAAUUUUAUAGUAUUUAGUUCAUUUUGUUACAAGAAGAUAUACCUUUCUUUAUUUAUCUGUAGUAGGAAACCCACUUAUAGUAUUUUUUCUAUUGACAGCUUGUCAAAUGUUUUGUUUUAGUUGAUCAUCUCACUGUAAGUGCCUCCAGUUCCUUCAAGCUAUAUGUUAAUUUUUUCAUUGAUGUUUUUUUUUAUUUUUAUAAAUGUUUCAUUAAUAUUUUGGUUAAUUAUUUCAGUUUAACAGCUACAAGGAGUGUUGUAUUUUUUUUUAAUUUUUUUUUGUGCAAUUCCUACAAUUCCUACAGUAAAUUUUAUAAAACAAGCUGAGUAUAAUUCUCUCCAGUUUCUCUCCAUCUCUCCAAAAAACAGUUUCUGAAAUAGUUUAUAAGAAUGAUUUAACCUCAGUGAAGUGAUUCACACUUUGGGACCAAAGUGAAUAAUUGAAUUUGUGACAUCACAUUCCGAUUUUGGAAAUUUAAAGCAGUAUAUUGUUUGAUGUUGUACUGAAUACUUCUGUUAAUUGUUAUAUAAGGUUUGAUGAUUAAUUUAGAAAAAGACCCGUUAUAUGCAUAAUACCAUAACAAUAUAGAUAAAACCAUGGUAAUAUCUAAUUGAAUUAAUCACGUCCAUUCUAUAUUAUUUUAUCUCUCUUUAGUGCUUAUUAUUAUGUUAUGAAGGCAUAUUUUCAAUAAAAAUUGAAAUUGU